UUUACACAAGAAGAAAGUAAAAUGGACAGAGGAAAUUGCUCCUCUGUGAAUGAAUUCAUUUUCUUGGGAAUUACUAACAAUUCUGACACAAAAGUGGCCCUGUUCACCAUGUUCCUAAUUGUUUAUCUUGGUGCUCUUCUGGCAAACCUCGGAAUGAUUAUUUUAAUCAGAGUAGACGUUCAGCUUCAGACUCCCAUGUACUUUUUCCUCAGCAACCUUUCCUUUUGUGACCUCUGCUACUCCACAGCAAUUGGACCCAAGAUGCUGAUAGAUCUCUUAAGUGAGAACAGUUCCAUCCCCAGAGUUGGCUGUGCUCUGCAGUUCUUGGUCUUCUGUGUUUUUGCAGAUUCUGAGUGUCUUCUGCUGGCAGUGAUGGCCUUUGAUCGCUAUCAGGCCAUCAGCAACCCCUUGCUCUACACCGUGAACAUGUCCAGCAGGCUGUGCUCCCUGCUCAUGGCUGGGGUUUACAUGGUGGCAACAGCAGAUGGUUUAAUACACACGUCCUUGGCAUUCCGCUUAUGUUUCUGUGGUUCUAACGAGAUCAAUCAUUUCUUCUGUGAUUUGCCUCCACUCUACCUUCUAUCCUGCUCUGACAUACAAGUCAAUGAACUGGCUUUAUUUACUGUUUUCGGUUUUAUUGAACUGAGCACCAUCACAGGAGUCCUUGUUUCCUAUUGUUACAUCAUCUCUUCAGUCUUGAAGAUCCGCUCUGCUGAGGGGAGGUUCAAAGCUUUCUCCACCUGCACCUCCCACUUGACUGCGGUUGCGAUUUUCCAGGGAACUGUGCUCUUCAUGUAUUUCCGUCCAAGUUCUUCAUACUCUCUAGAUCAAGACAAAAUGAGCUCACUGUUUUACACUCUUGUGAUUCCGAUGCUGAACCCACUGAUUUACACCCUGAGGAACAAGGAUGUGAAAGAGUCUCUACAAAAACUGAAAAACAAAAUAAGGUUCUAA